UUGAAUUCAUGAUUGUGUAACAAUCAACCCGAACAGUUGUUUCAAUGGAAGGCGAUGGAUCGGCCAURACUUCUCCAUCGAUUAAACCAAUAAACAAGAGCGCUGUCCACCGAAUCUGCUCAGGCCAAGUGAUUUUGGACCUCCCCUCCGCCGUUAAGGAACUGGUCGAGAACAGCUUGGACGCCGGCGCCUCCAGCAUUGAGGUUGUYUUAAAAGAUUACGGCGAAGAAUCGUUUCAGGUCAUUGACAAUGGCUGUGGCAUUUCGCCAAACAAUUUCAAGGUUCUAGCACUUAAGCAUCAUACGUCGAAAUUAACGGAUUUUCCUGAUCUUCAAUCGUUGACGACUUUCGGSUUCAGAGGGGAAGCUCUUAGUUCUCUGUGUAACUUAGGAGAUUUAACAGUUGAAACAAGAGCGAAGAGCGAGAAAGUUGCGACACACUUGACUUUUGACCAUUCUGGUUUGCUUACCGACGAGAAGAAGACGGCACGCCAAGUUGGCACCACCGUUACUGUGAAGAAGUUGUUCUCCAACUUGCCCGUGCGAAGCAAAGAGUUCCACCGCAACAUUCGUAAGGAGUUUGGAAAGUUGAUCACUCUACUGAAUGCCUAUGCUCUUACUGCAAAAGGGGUUCGAAUGGUUUGUACGAAUACAACUGGAAGAAAUAAAACGUCUGUUGUACUUAAAACACAGGGAAGUGGCUCCCUCAAAAAUAAUAUCAUUACGGUGUUUGGCGUGAGCACUUUUACCUGCUUAGAGCCUGUGAAUUUAUGUAUWUCAGAUGAUUGGAAGGUGGAAGGGUUUCUUUCUAAGCCUGGCAAUGGUAGUGGACGAAAUUUAGGUGACAGACAAUAUUUUUUCGUAAAUGGUCGACCUGUUGACAUGCCAAAAGUAAGCAAGCUUGUGAAUGAGUUGUAUAGAUGUGCAAAUUCAAAGCAAUAUCCAAUGGCAAUCAUGAAUUUUGUUGUUCCGACUAGGGUGUGUGAUGUCAAUGUGACCCCAGACAAAAGAAAAAUCUUUUUCUCCGAUGAAGGCUCAUUGCUGAAAUCCUUAAGAGAAGCUUUAGUGAAGAUCUAUUCCCCAGAACAUGUUAGCUUCACGGUACAGAGCUCUGAGGAGCUCAGUCUGGAAGGAAACAACUCCAAGUUGUGUUCUCAUCAUGAUAAGUCUUUUUCACAGUUUUCACUAAAGCAAGCAUCACCAAAUGGCAGUGAUAGUAAAAGAGAAGCAUACGGUGAGAAGCAACUUACUGAAAUAAGCAGUGUUGUGAAUGAAGGUGAACAGACCUUGAGAUCCUCAUCGGCUGUUAAUUUAAUCGAUGUUGAUGAUUACAGUUUAUCGAAGAGAGACUUUACACUUAAAUUUCAUGGCAUGAAGAAAGCUGAUACCUUUUCUGGGAGCUAUAGUAGGAAGCAUACAAUUGUAAGUAGCAAUGCUACAAACGAUCGGCAGGCGCCAUUAUACAACUCAACCAUGCAGAAGAACGUUGCAGAAGGAACAGAAUCGCCGUGUUCUUCAGGUGCUGUUCAGUCACUGCUUACAACAUUUGUUACUGUGAACAAGAGGAAGCAUGAAAGCAUCAGCAAUACUUUAUCCGAGGUCCCUGUUCUUAGAAAUGGACCUACCCUUCGUCAAUCAGUUAAUCAAAAUUUUAAUUUGCAUUCUAAAUAUGCAAAAUCUCCACWGAACAAUCAUAUGGUUGAUGACUCUGAAGUUGAGAGGAAUGAGUCAAAGCCUUCCAAUYGUACUCUGUUGGAUGAACACUAUGACGAUUUAGACGUCAUUCCUUCGACAAUCAUAAAAAAUUCAGGACAACUUGAAGAGCUUCUUAUGCAGAACAAAAUAACAUUAGAGAAACCUGCACCUGUUGCAAAAUCAGUACUUGAUGCCUCAUCUCCCAAAAAAAUCAAUGAGGCACCAGAAGUAUUAAAUCUGUCUAGUCCACUACAUUCUYCUCAGCCAGCUUCAGAUGCACCAGUGCCUUCUCAUGCAAAGAUGUGUUAUACCGUGAAGUUUAGUUUUGAGGAAUUAAAGAAGAGGAGGCAGCAAAAACUUUCAGCAUUACAAGCUAGCAAAAAUACCCCUGGAAAAUCGAAGACUAAAGGAUGCUAUGCUGCUGCAACAUUAGAGCUUUCUCAAGCAGUAAAAGAGGAUGCUAAGGCAAGAGCUUUAUCUGCGGCAACAAUGGAAUUGGAAAAGCUAUUCAAGAAGGAAGAUUUUGGCCGCAUGAAGGUUAUCGGGCAAUUCAAUCUUGGAUUUAUCAUUGGCAAGUUGGAUCAAGACCUUUUUGUCGUGGAUCAGCAUGCUGCGGAUGAGAAAUACAAUUAUGAGCGUUUGUCACAAUUCACCACCUUGAACCAACAACCUUUGUUGAGGCCACUGUUGUUGGAAUUAUCUCCCCAAGAAGAAAUARCCGUCUCGAUGCACAUGGAUAUUAUCAGGAAAAAUGGGUUUUCAUUGGAAGAGGAUGUCGAUGCUCCUCCUGGUCGCCGUUAUAGAUUAAAAGGUGUUCCCUUCAGUAAGAACAUAACUUUUGGCGUUGCAGACGUGAAAGAACUCAUAUCUAUCCUGGCYGAUGGCGAAGGAGAAUGCUCGAUGAUGGGUGCUUAUAAGAUGGACACUGCUGAUUCAGUCUGCCCCCCAAGAGUACGUGCAAUGCUAGCGUCGCGUGCCUGCAGAUCAUCCGUAAUGGUUGGAGAUCCACUUGGAAGAAACGAGAUGCAAAAGAUAGUUGAACAUUUGAUGGGUCUAAGAUCCCCAUGGAAUUGUCCACAUGGUAGACCGACAAUGCGUCACUUGGUGGACUUGGCAUCUGUUCCUAAACYGUCCAACUAUGAAGACUGAAGCCUUGUGAUGUACAUGCGCAUUCUUGGUUUAGUGGUAGGAUCAAUUAAUGGUCUCAGAUUUUGAAUCAUCCAUGGAAGUGAAGUCUAGUUUUAUGAUUUUGAAUUUUUUUCCCCGUGAGUUGUUACAUUACAUGUAUAGUUUGUAAUUAAGGUUGUAGAUAUUUGAAGUGAAGUUGGAUAGCCUUGGAAAAUUGGUUAAUCUUCUUAAUAUAAAUACAUAUUGGAUGACUAA